AAGUUACACAAUGUUGCUUUAAGUCAUAAUCCUGCAGUUCAAAUGUUUUCAAUUAUGUGUCAGCAGUUUGAUGGAAGCAAACCCAUAAGGAAAUGUUUUUUUCUACUUUGGUGAGUAAGAACAUAUCUGGCCUUGACAGAAACCUAACCCCAACCCCACCCAUCACCUUUUGGACAAAUUAUAACUUGCUGACUAUGAGCCAGGCUUAUUGCCACACAUUGUCAGAUUGUUAGACCUCCCCAGUGCUCUUGUGGCUGCAUGGAAGCAAAUAAAAGUGGACAGACUUUCCAGCAGAAGCAGUAGUCGUCGUAGAAUGGUUGCUAUCACAACAUGUAUUUCCCUGCAUUUGAGUCCACAAAGUUACCCAUGAGUGUCAGAGUGCUUUUGUCAGAUUAUAAUGCUGCAACCCUGUCGAGAAGAGUUCCGUGCCUUCUGCCUCAGCGUCCUUAUGACCCCAAUAACAAAUAAGCCGGUAUUGACAAUGGGUGGAUUGGAUAACACUUGUACUACGUCAGCAGCAUUAUAUUCUGUAUAAAUAUUGCCAUCUGUUAUCACAAAUGAUUAUGACUUUUAUUAUAUAUAUGAUAUUAUAUUACCUUGUAGCUUGCUUCUUGGAUGCAGUUGCUGCUUCGGUUUAUAUUUUUGGGGGUAAAGGUCAAUGUCACAGUAUCUAUCUAUGAAGAGUCACAGUUUUAUAGGCUGAGGAUCGAAGGAGUCCAAAGAACAUAAUAGUUUAUGACAGAACUGAUUACAUGCCCUCUCUGUCACCUGUUCCUCUCUCUCCAUGUCAGACUGCGCAGGGUCUCUGUAUCAAACUGUGUCUCUCUUUGUCUGCAAUCUCCACGUUCUGAUUCAUCUUUGCUGGUAACUCUGCCGUUUUUGAUGAUGUCUAACAAGAAGGAGGUUGUUUGCGAAGUUGAGAAUUUCCAUGAACAAGGGCCUACCGUCACAUUCAGCAACUUGCACUACUGUGUUCAGGAGAAGAAGUUCUGUCUUAAGAGAGGUCCUGAAAAAUCCAUCCUCAAAGAUGUGAGUGGCAUAAUGAGACCUGGGAUGAAUGCUAUCAUGGGUGCCACAGGAAGUGGGAAAACAUCACUCCUGGAUGUAAUCGCGGGCAGAAAAGACCCUGCUGGGCUGCGGGAAGGACAAGUCUUGGUGAAUGGCAAUGUCGUCACAUCUGACCUCAGACUCAGCUCUGCUUAUGUGGUUCAGGAUGACAUCCUGAUGGGCACUCUGUCUGUGAGGGAGAACCUUCUGUUCAGCGCCAACCUGCGUCUCGACCCGAAGCUUCACUCAUCCUCAGAUAAAAACAGCAGAGUAAAUGUCAUCAUACAGGACCUGGGACUAACAGACUGUGCAGACACUAAGAUAGGGACAGAGUUUCUGCGUGGCGUCUCUGGAGGUGAAAGGAAGAGGUGCAGCAUCGGGAUGGAGCUCAUCACCUCACCUUCUCUGCUGUUCCUGGACGAGCCGACCACUGGACUGGAUUCUAACACUGCAAACUGCAUCAUUGCCCUACUGUAUAAGCUGUCCCGACAAGGUAAGACUGUGAUCUUCUCCAUCCACCAGCCGCGCUACUCCAUCUUCAAACAGUUUGACCAUCUGACUCUGAUGCACAAAGGGGAGAUGGUCUAUGCAGGAGCAGCAGACCAUACACUGCAGUACUUCACAAACCUUGGCUACCAAAUUGAGUCCUUUGACAACCCUGCUGAUUUCUUUAUGGACAUCACAAAUGGAGAUGCAAAAUCAAAAUCAGAAACACUUACUGAAGAGAAGUGUGAAAACCUGUUGGCAACCAAGUACCGCCAGUCCCAACUGUUCCAGGAGGUGCUUGAGGAGCUGGACCAUGUGUACCACAGUGUUGCUGAAGGGUCAUACGGUCAAGACAAGGCAGCAGACUAUGCUACCUCUUUCUUCUAUCAGAUGCGUGUGGUGUGUGGCAGGACGGUGAAGAACAUCUUGAGAAACCCUCAGACUUCUUAUGCCCAGCUGGCUCUCAACAUCUUUUUUGCAGUUCUAGUGGGACUGAUUUAUUACCAAAUGCCCUUAACACUGCCCGAGGCUUUACAGAACAGGAGUGGAGCGUUCUUCUUCCUUAUCAUCAACAUGGUGUUUGGGAAUCUCUCUGCUGUUGAACUCUUCAUCAAUGAGAGGGCAAUCUUCAUUCACGAGAACUCGAGUGGAUAUUACCGUACUUCUGUCUACUUCCUGUCCAAGAUCUUUGCUGAUCUCAUCCCGAACCGCAUCAUCCCCAUCGUCGUGUUUUCAGCCAUUGCCUACUAUAUGAUGGGGUUGAAGCCUGCCUUUGUGUCCUUCCUGUGUUUUACCCUGACCUUGUCUUUGGUCAGUCUGGCCGGCGUCGGCUUGGCCUUCCUCGUCUCAGCAAGCACAUCUACGUUUGCCAUGGCCAACAUUCUCAUUGCUCUACCCUUCGUCUUCAUGAUGGUCUUUGGUGGUUUUCUUGUCAAUCUCAAUGCCAUGCUGAACUGGCUCUCCUGGCUGAAAUGGAUCAGUAUCUUCAGAUAUGGACUGAAUGCUGCAUACAUCAAUGAGUUUAAAGGACAGCUCUUCUUCAGCAAGAACAUCACUAUCCCGGGGGAGUUGUUCCUGGAAGAACAGCACAUUGACUACUCUGUGUGGGGCUUCUGGCAGAACCAGGUGGCUCUGCUGGGAAUCAUAUUGAUCUGCAUGUUCCUGGCCUACGUACAGCUGCGACGAAUCAACCGCUGGAAAUGAUCCCCUACCAUCUGUUUAUGUAUCCAUCAAUUACGCACUUUGUCUGUAUCUUAUUUAUUUAACACGCCUCAAAUGAAACACAUGCCGUCAUUUGCAGAAAAAAAAAUUCCUAACACUGGAAAGUUAUUGUUCUACAUGUGUGCACAAGAUCAAAUAGCUUUCUCUCUCUCCGCCUCCCUCUGUCACUCACUCACGCUCUCACACAUAAACAAACACACGUGUUGUAACGUUUGACUCUCAGUUGGUUAAGCUGCCACUAAGCGCACUUGGUCUGUGCACGAGGGAGUGUACAGCAAAAGCCAACGUCUAAGUCCUCACAAAGCUGCUUACGGCAAGUGAGGCGACAAUAUUAGUUAAUGCAUAAAGCUUUUCCCUUUUCAUUAACGCUUUGUAGGACCAGUGAAGGAAUUUUCAUGAUAUUUUUUUGUGUAAUUUACUUUUUAUGUUACGAGCUUUUGCAGAGAUAUCAUGC